GCUCACAAGAUGGCGCUCCUUAAGAUGUAUACUUGACGGAAAGAAAGUGUUAUAAUAUAAUUAACAUUAGUAGAGGUCCUAUGUUGUACAUUGUGGUGUUAGUAACAUAAUAUUUACCAGUAAUACCAGAACAUAGGCGACUGCUUCGAAGGAGGUAGAAGAUGUUUAGAAAGAAGAAGAAAAAGCCCAUCAUCUCUGCCCCUACGAACUUUGAGCAUAGGUUUCACACAGGCUUUGAUAGACAUGAAGGAAAAUAUGUAGGCCUUCCACCACAAUGGACCAGUUUAAUCCAGGCUCAGCAAGAUAGGCCCAAGCCCAUCGUGGACCCGUCAACUAUAACACCAACUGAAAUGAUCAGCAUGAAAUCUCAUACCAUUGUUCGAGGAGUAAGCUCUUCUCAGGUUAGAAAUGUACCAGUUUCCAUUACACGAUCAAACUCAUUAAGAAAAGAAAGUCCACCUCAACCUCGACGAGACUACUUGAGUCGUCUCCCUCCUCCAGUUCCAGAGGAUGAAAUCCAACCACCUAUGCAACCCUAUGGAGUCCUUCCUCAUGGCCAUCAGGCACAUCAUGAUCAUAUCCACCCACACUGGCAUCCUCAACAUCACCCUAGCCAACUUCAAUGGGGACAUGGCCAUUCUGCUCAUUUUUAUCCAGAUAACCAGCAAGAUCACACAGAUGGAGGCCACUCUUACCCACAAAACUCACAAGAUAAUGCUACUUCUCAAGGUAGUGUGCCCUUCUUGGAAAGAACAGAUGGUGUGGGUUACAUUCCUCCUAGCGGUCAGGUAGCAAGAGAUCCAUCCUGGGAACAAGAAAGCUCUGCAACAAGUCUACCAGGGUAUACACCUAAAGCAGGACCCAGGAUAGGUAACCAAAGUCAUCCACAACCACAUCAGCAACAUCAACUAUCAAUGAACCCUAAUUAUCAAGCAGGUGGUCAUCAUGGAUCCACUUUUCCAUCACAUAUCUCCAAUGGUGCACCUAUGCCAAGUCAACUUGAGCCUCCUGUCAUAGACCGACAGUACAGAAAUUCUCACUCUUCAUCUGGUUCAACACAACAUUCUGGAAGCCAUAGUGGUUCUUACCCUUUUCAUGUAAAGAACAGCAAGUCACAGAACAAUUUACAACCACCCCAACAACAGCCAAAAGACAUACUUCCUCAGAAUGGACAGAAGGAUGAGGCAAAAGAUCUUCCUCCAAAACCAGUUGCCUCAUUAUCAGAAAACAAACUGUUGGGACCCAAGUCACCUGUUCCUAGCCAUGGACAUCAUCCAGAACAACAGAGAUUAUCCCAUGAACAGUUUCGAGCUGCUUUACAGAUGGUUGUAAGUCCAGGAGAUCCAAGAGAAAACUUGGAGAAGUUUAUCAAGAUAGGAGAAGGCUCAACUGGAAUUGUUUGUAUUGCUACAGAGAAAUCUAGUAACAGACAGGUGGCGGUAAAGAAGAUGGACCUCCGCAAACAGCAAAGAAGAGAACUCUUGUUCAAUGAGGUGGUGAUAAUGAGGGACUACCAUCAUCCCAACAUAGUAGAGAUGCAUGAUAGUUUCUUGGUGGGUGAUGAGCUCUGGGUUGUUAUGGAGUUUUUAGAAGGGGGAGCUCUGACAGAUAUUGUAACCCAUGCAAGAAUGGAUGAAGAACAGAUUGCAACAGUUUGUAAGCAAUGCUUGAAAGCACUAACCUUUCUUCACUCUCAAGGUGUUAUCCAUCGAGACAUCAAGAGUGAUUCUAUUUUACUUGCUAGUGAUGGAAGAGUAAAGCUAUCAGAUUUUGGUUUUUGUGCUCAAGUUUCCUCUGAUCUUCUCAAGAGGAAGUCUUUAGUUGGUACUCCAUACUGGAUGGCUCCAGAGGUUAUAUCUAGGUUGCCAUAUGGGCCUGAGGUAGACAUAUGGUCUUUGGGCAUCAUGGUGAUUGAGAUGGUUGAUGGAGAGCCGCCUUUUUUUAAUGAACCUCCUUUACAAGCUAUGAGAAGGAUACGUGAUAUGCCACCUCCAAAACUGAAAAACACUCACAAGGUGUCUCCAAGGUUGCAGGGGUUCCUGGAAAAAAUGCUCAUCAGAGACCCUUCUCAGAGAGCCACAGCUUAUGAAUUACUUCAGCAUCCAUUUCUGAGGCAGGCUGGACCUCCUAGUUUGCUUGUUCCCUUGAUGAGAAGCUUUCGCCACAGUCCUUGCUAAGGUUGUGCAAAUCUUGUAGGAUUUACUGAAUACAAGAAUCUAUUCACCUAACAUGUGUAGUCAGAAGGAAGGAAGGGGGAGAUGAGAGGUUAAGUGCUAAGACGGACUCAAUGUAGUGGUUAAUGAUGUGAUCAAAACAGGUUAUACCAUUCAUUUACCAGUAACUUUAUCACAAGAGGGUUUAAGAGAAAACUGACAAUCACGUAAGUUUUUAUUCAAAAAGUGGUAUAUAUAUGUGUGAUAAUUUUAAUCUGUUUGUCAAUGUAAUUGUAUUCUUGAGUUGUUAUCGAAAUUCUGUAAAAGGUACUCCCAAAUGUUAAGUUUCUGCUGUAUUUGAGCUAUUACACCCUUGUUAUUUUUCUAACUUGUCAGCCUAACUAAAUGUAAAUAACUUUAAUCUGUAGUAUAAAGCUUUAUUAUGUUACAACAGUUGAGAAACACAAAGCAUUGUGUGCAUGUUUUUAAUAUGCUAAGUGAAUUUGAAUGUUGUAUCACAAAAAAUCAAAAUAUACAAUAUUGGAUAUGUCCACUAGUGAGAUGAGAUGCAUCUACUUGAUUUGUUAUUUUAUUUUCUGCAAAGCAUCAUUUAUCAUGUCAUUUGUUUUUUCACUAAGACUUGAUUUUCUGUAAGUAGUGUUCAAUUUAUAAAGUAAUUUAGUUCAUGUAUGAGAGAAUUGUUUAUAUUGACAUAUUUUUUUUCUGGUAUUGUAGUUACAUGUAGCUGAGACUUAGUACAGCAUGCAUUAUAAGCUGCAUAUGUAAACUACAAAAGACAUCAGGUGGAUCUCAUUCACUGAUGUCAUGCAAGUAUAGAAAUCGUACACAACUCAAACUUAAGGAACUUCAUUUUCGAAGCUCUCCCUCAAAGUACACAACUUGUGUUUCAGUAGUUAAAAGUGAAAAUAUGCAACUCUGUAAUGAGGUAAAAUAAGAUUAUGGGGAGAACACUGUAACUUAUAAUAUUACUUUUUAAAUACUGUUAUUAUUUUUAUUUUUUGCAAUAAAGCUGAAUUUACCAAUGUAUAUACAUCCAGAUUCUUAGUUAUGUUUGUUGAAUAGCCCUCUACAAAUCCUAAAGUUAUACUCAAGUUCUUUGUAUUUUAAUAGUUAUCAGUACUACCUUUUUUACUAUAGUUUUAGAAAUUCAAACUUCAGUGAUUCAGUUCUAUGAAUCAUAUUACCUUAAUGUUUGAAUUCUUUUAUCCCAAGAUUCUCUUCAACCAUUUGAAUACUGAACAGUUUUAUUCUGUAAAUUGUGAUUGGAUUUAAUGAACCACAGUGUCACUACAUCAGUUUAGGUAGUACAGGUUUUUAUAUGCUUUAUGAUAUAUAAACAGUCUAAAUUAUUUAGAUGGACAUGCUCAUGUACUUUUAUAUUGUACAUGUGUAUAGAGUAAUAUAAUGAAGCAACAUUGUGAUUUAGAAGGAUACUGUUUCACAUGAGACACUACCUGUAGAAAUUAUCAAUAAUGAAUUAACCAA